AUAGCCAAAACUCCCUUCUCAUCGUCUUCCUCCCUAAAACCUCAUCUUCUCCGAGCUUCACAUAAAAUAAAACAAAACAAUCCUGCUUUCUUCACUUUCAGAACUUCAUUGCUAUGCUGCCCGAAGAAGCUGAAUUUGGUUCAUAAAUGGCCAUGUCAACUGCGAAAUUCUCAGAAAUGCCACUGCCACUGCCACCCCACUUCUUCUCCUCCACUUCUAGGAAACCCUCUUUCUCUCUCUAUUUCCUUAAACCCUUUUCCUCUUCUCUCCGGCCAACUGCCCCCGCUACCACCUCCGCCGCCAGAAUUCCCAAAAAGCCUUUUCAAAACCCGGAUACUGCGAGACCCACCACCAAACAUUCUUCUUCUUGGUUGAAUCAAUGGCCCUCCUCCAACCUACUUCCUCCUGUUCAUUACAAAAACCCCAAAACCCUCCAACCCGAAAUCCAGGACUCCCGGGUCACUGGCGAACCGGGUCGACCCGUGACAUCUGCAAUCGACAGGAUUGUGCUCCGGUUGAGGAACCUCGGGUUGGGUACGGAUGAUGACGAAGAGGAGGAUGGCAUUGAGGAACCCGGGUCGGCCUUAGUUCCGGGUCGGGUUGAUGAUGUGGGACGGGUAAAUGGGGAGGAAAAGUUGGGGGAUUUGUUGAAGAGGGAUUGGGUCAGGCCAGACAUGAUGUUGGUUGAAGAUGGGGAGGACGCAGAUUCGACAUUAUUGCCGUGGGAAAAGGAGGAGUUGGCAGCUGCGGCGGAGGAGGGGGGUUUGGGGAAGAGGAGGACGCCAAAGGCGCCAACUUUGGCUGAGUUGACUAUUGAAGAUGGGGAGCUGAGGAGGUUGAGGAGAAUGGGGAUGACAUUGAGGGAAAGGAUAAAUGUGGCUAAGGCAGGGGUAACAGGGGAAGUGUUGGAGAAGAUUCACGAUAAAUGGAGGAAGAAUGAGCUUGUUAGGUUGAAGUUUCAUGAGUCUUUAGCUCAUGAUAUGAAGACGGCUCAUGAGAUUGUUGAGCGUCGAACCAGGGGACUAGUUAUAUGGAGGUCAGGAAGUGUGAUGGUGGUCUACAGAGGGACUCAUUAUGAGGGGCCUUUAUCACGAUCCCAAUCUGAGGGGGGAGAAGGUCAAACUCCUUUUGUCCCAAAUGUUUCCCCUUCUGGUACUUCACUAGCCACAAAGAAUGGCAUUGUCUAUCCUGUUCUGGAAAAGUCAAACCCAGCUGUCAUUAAUGGUGUUGAAAGCAUGACGGAAGAGGAAAUUGAAUACAAUAGUCUGCUAGAUGGUUUAGGUCCACGGUUUGAAGAUUGGUGGGGAACAGGAGUACAUCCUGUUGAUGCUGAUUUACUUCCUCAGACAAUUCCUGGUUAUAAAACGCCUUUCCGGCUUAUCCCUGUUGGAAUGAGAUCACAUCUAACCAAUGCAGAAAUGACUAAUUUACGAAAACUUGCUAAAUCACUUCCUUGUCACUUUGCUCUUGGGAGGAAUAGAAAUCAUCAAGGUUUAGCAGCUGCAAUAAUCAAGCUCUGGGAAAAAAGUUUAAUUGUGAAAAUUGCUGUGAAGCGUGGAAUACAAAAUACUAACAACAAAUUGAUGGCUGAUGAGUUGAAGAGUUUAACUGGAGGGGUUUUGCUGCUAAGAAACAAAUAUUACAUAGUCAUGUAUAGGGGUAAAGAUUUCCUGCCCCCAAGUGUAGCUACUGCUUUAGCAGAAAGACAGGAGAUGACAAAACAAUCACAAACUGUUGAAGAGGAAGCUAAGAUUGGACCAAGCAACACAGCACCAGUGGGUCAGGGUGGAGAACUACUUGCUGGUACUUUGGCAGAGUUUUAUGAGGCUCAAGCCAGGUGGGGAAGAGAAAUAUCUAGUCAAGACCGUGAGAUGAUGAUAGAGGAAGCAUCCAGAGCAAAGACAGCCAGGGUAGUCAAGCGACUGGAACAUAAAUUAGCCAUUGCCCAAGCCAAGAAGCUCAAAGCAGAGAGAUUAUUAGCUAAGAUGGUGUCAUCCUGGAUUCCAGCUGAUCCAGAUGAUGACCAGGAAACGAUUACAGAUGAGGAACGGGUUAUGUUUCGUAGGGUUGGUUUAAGAAUGAAGGCAUACCUGCCGAUUGGCAUUCGUGGUGUCUUUGAUGGUGUUAUUGAGAACAUGCAUCUCCAUUGGAAACAUAGAGAACUAGUAAAGUUGUUAUCGAAAGAAAAGGAACUUGCUUUUGUCGAAGAAACAGCAAGGCUAUUGGAAUAUGAAAGUGGCGGCAUACUAGUGGCAAUAGAAAGAGUCCCAAAAGGUUAUGUUCUUAUAUUCUAUCGUGGAAAGAAUUAUCGAAGACCCAUUAGCCUAAGGCCUAGAAAUCUUUUGACAAAGGCAAAAGCUCUGAAGCGGAGAGUGGCUUUGCAACGCUACGAGGCCCUUAGUCAGCAUAUUCGUGAAGUAGAGAACAAUAUAGAGCAGAUAAAAGGAGAAAUUGGUGAUUCCAAAGAGAAGGAAAGCAUUGGAGUCUCGAAUUUGAAGGAUCAUACCCUGUCUGACCAUUUCUCUGAGUUCGCUCAUGGUGAAGGUGAGGCUUCUAUGGAGGUUUCUGAUGUUGAUGAACGUGAUGCUGAUGAAGAUGGAGACCUUGAGUGGGAGGAUGAUGAGGAUUCUGAUGUUUCUACUAUGGAGGACUUUGAUUAGGCAUCAAGUGUGGAUUCCCUUAAUUCUUUCAAGCGGCAUCAAGUGAGAGGAGGCAAUCUGGGAACUCUCCUGUUGAGGUUGAUGUACAGAACAUCCUUGUAUCGCAUCCUUGGUGGUGGUAAACUAACGCGUCCAAGAUAACUGAGAAUGUUGGAAUGACAGCUGAUCCAAUGUUGAGAAAGUCAUCAUGAUAGCGAAGUUAUUCUAAAUGAAGGGUUCUGAUGCCAUUAUAUUUAGCAAUGAAUGCUAAUCCUGUAUGUACUGUACAAGUGCUAUUUGUCUCAAAAUUUUCUUGUGGAGGUAAUUUGUCCUCCAACCUCAAUUUUGAAAUAAUCUUGUCACAGCCAAAUCUUAUGGAGGUUCCACCUGCAUGGUUUUGGAAUUGAUGACAUCAUAAAUGCAUCGUUCCUUAGAUUGUAAAUUCCAUUAGUGAAUACAUUGGCAUUGUAAUCACUUUCCAUCUUCAUAAUUACAUGAGAGAAACUUCCAUUUGAAUGAUUAGA